UAUGCUUGCCCGACAACAGUGAAAGUUUGUUUUAUAUUAUAUGUUCCACACACAUUUAUAUUCCAAUUAUAUUAACCUAGAUGUCUGACACCGGGGGUGAGUGGCAGGUUGCACGCCGACGAAAAGGUACGUCUAAAAGGGUGAAGAGUUUAUUCGUGUCUCCAACAUGUUGCCACGACCCGCUGGAUGUCGGGAAAACCAUCAAGCGCAUCAGAGACACCGUGGAUGAAUUAAAAUGCAAAGAUGUUUGGAAAGAAUGGAAAGAGCAGAUCCUGGUGGCAGCAUCCUUGAACCGCAAGAAAAGCAAAGUCUCAGACAAGUUCCAAGAUAGUUUAGAUAGCAAAAUAUGGCCACUUCAAUGCGUGUGUUAUGGCUUGGGCACCUUUUCCUCAUGUGUGUCUGCACGUUACCAGCUGGCCAUGAUGCUCCUGCUCCUGGAUGCAGGAAAGAUUCCACUCAAAGACUGUUUUGUUUUUGACCCUGCUUUCUCCCCUGGAGAAAAGGAUGUCCUGAGAGUGUUGGGCCUGACUGUUCUCACAGAAAAUGAGGAGGGGAAGCGACUGGCCACCAAACCCACACUCUUUUACCUCAUGCAUUGUGGGAAAGCCCUGUACAACAACCUAUUGUGGAAGAACUGGAGUCCACAGUGUCUGCCCCUCAUGAUGAUAAUUGGAAACAGCUUUAGUAGCAUGAGAGAGAGGAUGAUCGAGCGAGAAUUCAAGAGGAACUACAGUUACAUCAGCCAGGCAGUGACUGUGUGCGAGGAGAGACAGCUGACCUGUCCAUCUCAUCUUAUUGACGUCUUCGGUGACACUGCGCUCAUCACUUUUAAUUCUCGCAACCUUAUUAGUCUCCCACAGUUUACUUGGACAGAGACCCCUGAACCCCAAUAUCAAGACUGCCCGGAUUUGGAGAUAAUACAGAGAGAAUCUAACGACGGUGAAAGGACAUAACCUAUUGGUAGUUAAGGAUGGCAGCAUUUACAGUUGCACCACUAGUUGAAUAUGGUGGACUCAAAGCAGUGAUGGAUGGAUGGAUGGAUGGUCAGUGUCCUGGUCCAGAUGUCACGUUUCAAUGGCUAAAUGUUUGUGUAAGUGUGUGUGUGUCGGGGGGUUAUCGGGGCAUUCUUUUUAACUUUGUACAGCACUUUGGGAUACAUUUUGUAUGUAUGAAAAGCGCUUUAAAAAUAAAGAUUGAUAUUUGGUAAGGACAAAUCUACAGGUACAUUUGUCAAAUCCAAUUGUGUUUGAGUCCUUACCUUAGUGUGCACAAACUACAGUUAAAUCAAAAUUUUGAUAAUAGAUACUGUAUGCUAUUGGUAACUGCUUGAAAAAUGAUAUUGUGCAUCCGUAAUAUUUCAUUCUGUAGGAUUCAUCAU